AUGACGGCUGGGAAGAGCGGGCUGCACCCGGCUGCCGACUAUGUGGCAGGGGCCAUCGCGGGCAGCGCCAACAUCGCCCUGGGCUUCCCUGCAGACACGGUCAAAGUGCGGCUGCAGAACAGGCUCAACCCCUACAAUGGCGCCUGGCACUGCGCCACCUCCAUGCUGCGCAACGAAGGGGCACGGUCACUGUACCGCGGCAUGUCCCCGCAGCUGGUGGGCGGCGCGGUGGAGACCGGGGUCAACUAUGCCGUGUAUCAGGCCAUGCUGGGGCUGACCCAGGGCCCACGCCUGGCGCUGCCCGAGGCGGCGGCGGUGCCGCUGUCGGCCGCCGCUGCCGGCGCGGUGCUGUCCGUCGUGCUGAGCCCGGCGGAGCUUGUCAAGUGCCGGCUGCAGCUAGGUGGCACAGAGCGCUACCACUCGUACCGCGGCCCUGUCGACUGCCUGCGCCAGACGGUGCAGCAGGAGGGGCUGCGCGGGCUGAUGCGGGGGUUGAGCGGUACCAUGGCACGGGAGAUACCGGGGAACGCCAUUUACUUCAGCACCUACCGCCUGCUGCGGUACUGGGUUUCAGGUGGCGACCCCGCAGCGACCGCCGCCGCCGCCUCAGGUGCCACAGUAGCCGCAGCCAGCCAGCCCCGCAGCCUGCUGGCAUUCCUGGUGGACUCGGCGUCCGCGGUGGUGUGCGGCGGGCUGGCGGGGAUGGUGAUGUGGGCGGCGGUACUGCCCCUGGAUGUGGCCAAGACCCGCAUCCAGACCGCCUACCCGGGCAGCUACCAGGACGUGGGGGUCGCCCGGCAGCUGCACAUGGUGUACCGAGAAGGCGGCAUCCAGGCGCUCUACGCGGGGCUGAGCCCCACCCUGGCACGGGCCUUCCCAGCCAACGCGGCGCAGUGGCUGGCCUGGGAGCUGUGCAUGCAGCAGAUGCAGCAGUGGGGCGGGGGAGGAGGGCGCGGCGGGAGCAGCACGUAG